GAGAGCCAUGGCGGUGCCUUCAGCUCGCGAGUUUCAUUGGCAGAGCCUGGCCCGACUGCCCAGCGGCCGCGUCUACCACUCUCUCUCCGAGGUGGGAGGGCAGAUGUACAUGCUGGGGGGCUGCGACGCUGCAGGGAGGCCAUGCGCCACCUUGGAACUCUACUCCCCAGAGGGCGACCGCUGGAUACGCCUGCCCUCGAUGCCCACCCCACGUGCUGGAGCUGCUGUGGCAGUCUUUGGGAAACAGAUCCUUGUGGUGGGCGGAGUGGGACAACACCAGAGACCAGUCAAGGUGGUGGAAAUGUAUAACACAGAUGAAGGGAGGUGGAGGAAGAGGAGCGCCCUGCGAGAGGCCCUGAUGGGCUUGUCCGUAACUCUAAAAGAUGGCCGCGCUCUUGCAGUGGGCGGAAUGGGUGCCGACCUGCUCCCUCGUAACAUCCUUCAACAGUACGACUUUCGUAAGGAUGUGUGGGCUCUACUUCCUCCCAUGCCCACCCCGCGCUAUGAUGCCAACACGCAUUUAUUGGAUAACAAACUCUAUGUAGCAGGCGGGCGGCAGUGUAAGCGGCCCGUCAAGGCUUUUGAGAUGUACGACACGGAGACGCGCUCGUGGACCGCGCUUCCCAUGCUGUCGUGUAAGCGCUCCUAUGCGGGUGUGUUGUGGGACAAUGGCGGGAGGCUGUGUUUGCUGGGAGGUCUGCGCCAGGGAGGAGGACAUCAGACGUCAAAGUUUACCAACAAUGUCCACAUUUUUGACUGUAAACAAGGUCUGUGGCUGAAGUCAGAUGAGAGCGUGUCCUUGAAGAAAAAGAGAGCUGACUUUGUCACUGCUUUGCUGCGUGGACGCAUGGUGGUAGCGGGUGGAUUAGGUCAUGAGCCCUCUGCACUGGACACAGUGGAGGCUUUUCAUCCUCUGAAGAAAAAGUGGGAGCCAUUGGCUUCCAUGAUGUUCCCCCGCUGCUCUGCCUCCUCCAUCGUCAUCAGAGAUCGACUUCUAGUCGUGGGUGGAGUCAACCAGGUGCCCAGUUCAGCCCACGAGAUACUCUAUGUCAAAGAAGAGGAGUAUUUGUAGUCUGAUCCCAAAUAAAUGAAGACAUCAGCAGAAAUCACACAGCCACUGUACCAGACAACACUGCCCUUUGCUGGGCUUUAGGAAUACUGCAACUACGUAUGUACAGUCAUGCAGCUGACGGACGCUUUGGAUAUGCAAACUUAGCUUUCUGGGGAAAUCUUCAAAUCUGUUUCUGUAUUGUGCACAUGUUUUGUUGCUUAUGCCUUGUAUGGUAGAGAUCUUUCCCUCGAAGAAGCUGACAUUCAGUUUUUUUUUAUACAGCAUGUCAUGUAGUUUGUACGAAAUCCACAUUUUAAAGUUGGGUAGUACGAGUGCCAGAUUACAGUCGACGACUUCAAAUGUUCUGUGAACUUUGCAUUUGCACUGAAGCUGAAAAUUGUCAUCAAUAUUUUGAUUCGAUCGACAAAACGUGCUUUUCUUGCCACAUGCACCGCUCUAUGCUGAAGCAAUGUAGGAAGCUUUUCAUAAUUUGUGUAAGAAAUAAGAUUUUGCAUUUAGAUCCAAGGCAACAGGAUAAGGGCAUAUCGAGUAAAGUGAUUGUACACUUAGCACUGAAGCAAUACAGCUGUAUUUUUCUUUUCCGGUGGAGCAGCAUGUUGCUCGACUCGCGGUGUCCGGAUUAGCCAUCCUCUCGGCUUCUGUCACCCGUUUGCUGUCGAGGUUUGGCGAGAUUGCGCUCAAUGAAAUGUAAGUCAAAUGUUUGUCUGCUGGCAGGGGCGGCUCCGUGGAUUUGGGGCUCAGCCUAAAAGGAAGGAAACAAAAGCCGGCCCCACCCGAAUGAGAUGAUGUGUCUGGAUCAGGGCUCAGCAACUCUGGCCUGUUUUAGGUGGCGCCCUGCUCCAACAUAGCUGAAGCUCGCUCGAUUAAGCCUGAUAGGCAUCCUGAUGAAUUGAAUCAGGUGUGUUGCAUCCAAUCCAGGCUGGAUAAGGGAGCAGACUUGGUGAGCCCCGGUCCGAAUAAAAGCAACGUAUUAUAUUUCGUUGAACAUGGGUUUGCAAUUGUGCAUAGCAAUGGGAGGUUUGGGUGAGCUUAGACUUUUGUACAGUUCACCCUUGAGUGUGUCUUUUACACAGAAUGAGAUUGAAAAGAGUGUGCUGCAUCAUUGCUCUGCUGUGAAUGUUUGCCAAAAGCUCUUAUUUGAACUAGACCAACGCUUUCCACUUCACCACUUACAUAACGUGUAUUUGUCUCGUCCAAUGUUACACGCAUUGUUUUUCUUGCGCAAGUGCGCACCCGUCUCGCUUGCUCGAUUUCUUCUUUAAGUUGGAAAUAGAACUAGCAACCCAAGUGUUUCAUUUGCACCAAAUGUUUGUUUAAUCAAUGAGCAUGGCUCAUUCAAAUUGAUGUUGAAUCAUGCACUUUAUUCCUUGGCUAUCCAUCCACCCAUGCUUAAGGCUUGAGAGUAUGAAACAUACAGUACAAGUACAAGAGCGACUUGAUGAUCUCUUUCUCCAUGCUGCGACGACUUUGCUUGUUCAAUGAAUGAGCUAUGUGCAAGCUGCGCAAUGUUACUCUUUAGUCACCCGUGAAUGCAAACUCGUUCACUUACAGCAUCCCAAAGUUGAACAAGCGACUUCAUUUGUAAAACUCUUUGUUACUUUUUUUCCCCACUGGCAAUAAGCCGUGUCUUGACCAGCAGCAUGUGGAAAAUGAGCAGAACACUUUCACCAUUACAAAAGAAAACCACUUUUCACAAAGACCGUGGAAAGAUUAUUGCACAAGUGCUACAGUAGGUGGCGACAGAGUGUGUUCCUCUUCCAGAACUGCGUUUGAAUGAUGAAAUAAUGACGCUCAGGACAACCAAGAGGAGGAGAA